AAUUCAAAUUACACAUUACUCCUUCAAAAUUAAAUCCCCAAACAAUAAAUAACACUCCUAAAAUAGGAGGCACUAAAAUUACUAAAAGGUGAAAAGUGAGAGGGCCACGUUCAAACAUGGCGCUAAUAUUUCAAUUCCCAAUUCCCACAAGAAGUCAAAUCUCUGUAUAAAUACAAUAACAAGUAAGCAAGUAGAAGCUUCCAUGGAAUCGGAGAUUCAGCCAAAGAAAAACUACCAUUUCUUUCUUUGACCAAUUCGCCCCUUCUUCAUCAAGUCUCCACACAUAUAUAUCCCCAUAUCACAUGCCUCGUUUUUCCUUUCAAUUCAAUCAAUCCUAAAAAUACCUUUCAAAUCAUCAAAAAUCACAGCAAACCAAGAAAAAUUCUCAGAUGUUCAUUUGCGGAAGUGGAAGUUUCAGCAAUCAAGAUGACGGCGAUCACGAAGCCUACGCCAGCCCCUGCUCCACGCCGAAGCGGUCGCGGCGGAGCACCAGCUUCUGCAAGCUCAUGGGGAGAGACAGCGGCAGCAAAAAUCCGUACGCGGAUAGAGGCCUCGACAAAUUCUACGCUCUCUUAGCAGAUCUCGACGAUAAGAAGCAGAAGAUCUACACGCAGAAAGGAUCCGAGGACAUCUCCUUCGUCCGAUUCGUCUACGCCAACGAUUCCGACAGUGUUAAGCCGAUCGUCGUCAAGGUCAAGGAGAAGAAUCCGCCGAAAUCGGCCAAGAAUUUGAACGAGCAGCGCAGCUUCAAGAGCGCCGCCGAUCAAAACGGCGGCGCGGACGCGGCGCCGCCUCCGGCGGGGGAGGCGAAGAGCGAGAAGACUAUGAAGAAGAAGAGGUCACUGAGAUGCAAGGAGAGUUUUAAGCUGGAGGAUCUGAAGCAUCCUCAUUUCUAUUUCCCGGUGAUGGUGGUGCUGAUUUUGUUGUUUCUCGCGAUCUACGGCCGCUCCUUCGCGAUCCUGUGCACGUCGAUCGGGUGGUAUCUGGCUCCGACGAUCGCCGGAGGGAGCGGCGCGGCGGCAGUGGCUAGUGAGAGAAAGCCGAAGAGGAAGAAGGAGUAUGUGAGGAAGAAGAGCGAGGUUGUGCAUAGUGAGGGCCCGUCUUCACCUAAAAGUGUGAUAAACGGACUUAAUCGAGUUCAGCAACAGCAUGAUCGUAAGACAAGUUGGUGAAGUUUUUCCAAUUUUUUUAUAUAGUUUUACAAUUUUCGUGAAAGUCGAUCGAAGAGUGAUCUUCUUAAGGGUGGUUGAUGUAAAUACUUUUUUUUGGGGGAAAAAUUAAUCAAGAUGUUAGGUGAAUUCGGAUUGAAAAAUGAUCCGAGUGUAGUUACAUGGUGUACAUUAAUAUGCUCGUAUUUUUGAUAUUUUGUGUUGCAAUAAAGAUAUUACAGCAACGACGUGAUAUAGAAGAUCGAUAUGCUCGUCGACGGUCGAGAUUCCUUGUGUUCAAGAGCCAUGAAUUUUGGUUUUUGUAGUUCAAAUUUUUUCAUAUGGUUCAAGGGAAUGUAAUCUUACAUUUUUA